AUGAGCAACUACAGCGUGUCUUUGGUCGGCCCGGCUCCUUGGGGUUUCAGACUUCAAGGGGGCAAGGAUUUCAACAUGCCCCUGGCUAUCUCUCGGCUUAACGAUGGUGGUAAGGCGGCCCGAGCACAUGUGGGAAUAGGUGAUGUGGUUCUCACCAUUGAUGGGAUAAGUACGGAUGGGAUGACUCAUCUAGAAGCACAAAACAAGAUCAAGGCAUGUACGGGCAAUUUGAACAUGACUCUGCAAAGAGUGGCUUCUGUACCAAAACCUGAUCUUAUUCAUGUACCAAAGCCCGCCGCCCACAAUGCCUCCCCGAGCGCCUCUGCUGGCGACGGCGCCCAGGAUGUAGCCGAGGGGCCGCGACGAGGAUUCAGAGAGAACCAGGGGGAGAGUAAACAGCAAAAUGGGAAAAACCCACCCAAACGCCCCCCGCGCAAGCACAUUGUGGAUACCUAUACAGAGUUCUACCACACACCCACCCACAGCGAUGCCAGCAAGAAGCGACUGAUUGAAGACACCGAAGACUGGCAUCCCCGGACAGGCACGACCCAGUCCCGCUCUUUCCGCAUCCUUGCCCAAAUCACCGGCACUGAUCGUAUGAAAGAACCGGAAAACGAACCUGCAAAGAAGACUAAGGAAAAGGUUCCCAUCCACGUCUUUAGCCCCAAAUAUACAAAAUUACGUGACUGGCACCAUGAAGUCUCAGCACGUGUUCUUAAUGUCCAGUGA